AUGGAUUCGUUCAACACCUGUUCGUCACCACCUCCGCCACGCCGCCACGAACCCGAUCCUUUCGCGCGUCUCUCAGACGAUCUCGUCGCUCACAUUCUCGCUCUCGUCGCCUCCAACGGAUUCCGCUUCCUCCCCAAGCCGCGCCUCACAACCGCCGCUGCUACUUCUGACGCCGCCACUACCGCCGCCGCCGCCGCCGCUGUCACCGUUUCUGCCGCUGCGGAGGCUAAUGCCGGUGGGAACGGGAAUGACGGUGCCGUCAACAGCGAGGAAGGCGAUGCUCGUGGCGAAAAGAGCGAGGACGAAAUGUUCGAGAGUAUCGAGCGGGCAGUGAAAAAUCCGUGCGCGCGUUUCGUACGCGUUGUCCAGCUCACCGAAGCCAUAGCUCUCGAGGCCGCAGCAACCGCCGCGAACUACGAUCGAACCAUGACCGUCCCUAUCGACCCCUACAAACCGAACUCACCGUCAGCUGCGCACAUCCUCGCCUCCGCCUUUCCGCCCUCCCCUUCCGGGACCCCCGCGACCUCCGCGCCCCCUCCGCUUCCGCCUACGCCGUUCACCGUGUUCCACCACGCGCUCGUGUGCAAGCGCUGGCUUCGCUUGGCGCGCUUCAGCCUCCCCGCCAUCCUCCUCCAAGCCGACCGCCGCCUUUCCACCCAAACCUUCCGCUCCGUCCUCUCCUCCCCACCUCCUCCCCCCUCCUCCCCUCCCCUACCACUCUCCCUCUCCCUCUCCCCUCCCACUCCCGCCUCCGCCUCCGCCGUUUCCCCCUCCUUUCCCCUCCACUCCCCGCUGACCCUGCAGCACCUGCACAUCGGCCCAUCGGCGCUAGACGCCAUAACAGACGAUCUCCUUCACUCCAUCGCCACGGGAUGCGCGCGCUCCCUCACGCACAUGUCGCUGUAUCCCCACAAGAACCUGCGCUCCUGGGAGCAGAACCGCGGCUACAUCGACCCCGACGACGCGGUUGCAAAAGUAACAGAACCCGCCGUUACCGCCCUCUUCGCCGCCUGCCGCAACCUGGUCAGCCUGAAACUUAUGCUGCCCCUGUGCCUGCCCGAGCUGCCCGCGUCCGUGAGCCUCCUGCAGCGGCUGACGAGGCUGGAAGUUACGUGCGGCCGCCUCGAUUCGGAUACCAGGGCGGUCGCUGAUGGUGAUGGCACCAUGUCGUCAGAGCCACAGCCGCGGUUCCCCGAGGGCGUUGGCUCGCUCUCCGCGUUGCGGUCUCUCAGCAUCCGCGCUCCUUGCAUACGCGCCCUCCCGCACACCCUCUCCCGCCUCCGCUCCCUCACCUCGCUGAAAAUCGUCGGCUGCAGUUCCCUCCGGCAGCUGCCCGAAGGUCUCGGGCAGCUAAAAAAGCUGCAAUACCUGGAGCUGGCGGGCUCAUCUCUCAUGGAUUCCCUGCCCGACUCCAUCGGCCUCUUAUCUUCCAUCGAAACCCUCCACCUUUUCGCUCUCAAUGCCGCCUCCCUCCCAGACUCCUUCGCCCACCUCUCCUCGCUCAAACGCCUCUUUAUCUCAAACCUCUCGCGCCUCCAAACGCUUCCUGACGGCAUCGGAGAGCUGCCCUCGCUGCAACAACUGAGCAUCGAGUCUUGCUCUCUAUUAGCCGCUCUCCCGCCGUCACUCUCCGCCCUCUCCUCCCUCACUGCGCUCACCGUAUAUAACUGCUCCGCCCUCGCCUCGUUACCAGAAGAUAUCGGUGACGCUCCCCGCCUCGCAUCCCUCGUGCUCGACUAUCUCCCCUCCCUUGCGGCUAUUCCGGACUCUCUCGCUCUCCUCUCCUCCCUAACGCACCUUCACGCUGCGGAGUGUGGGGUUCUAACGCGGCUGCCAGCGUCUUUCGCGGGGAUGCACUCCCUCUCUCGCCUGCAGCUCCUCAAGUGUCCUUUGAGAUCGCUGCCCAAAGAUAUCGGGCAGCUGUCCGCGCUGACUGACCUCCAUCUGAACAAAGUGGCCUGCGAUUUGCCCGAAUCGUUCGGGCAACUGCUGAAGCUGCGGAGGCUCGCUGUAUCUCGUUCUCCGUUUCGGCGCCCUCUGCCGGCCACUCUCACUCAGCUUGAAAACCUUACCAUCCACGGUUGCUACAAUUUGGAAGCCCUGCCCGAAACUAUCGGGCAGCUCACGGCGCUCCGCACAGUGGAAAUAGCUGGCUGCGCACGGCUGGAAACCCUCCCUGAAUCGCUUUCGCAACUGCCUGGCCUUGAAAGCCUAAUUCUCGGAUGGAAGGGUUUAGUGACUAAAAGGGAAGAUCAGGAGCUGGGUCUAGCAACCUGCAUGUUUGACCCGGUUCCUCCCGACAGCCACAACGACGACGGAGAUACGCGAAGAACCGCUUUCACUGCCCUCCCGAGCACGUUCGGGCAGCUGGCAAAAUCUUUAACUGCCCUAGAAAUUCAUGGGUGCCAUGAGAUUCAGCAGCUGCCAGCAUCGUUCACCCAGUUGACUCGACUGCAGCGGCUGUUCCAACUGCCACAAGCUGAGGGGAAUGCCUGCAGGGUGGGGCAACCUUGUGGGAUUGCAGGAGUUGGAGCUCUCUCGCUGUAA